AUGCCCCUGAGUAGAGACGGGCUCCAUCGUAUGGACGGACCGCUCAAUUCCCUCGGAGGGGGGUUGCUCUCUACACUCAAUCAAGUAAAUCCACAAGCAGUAGAUUCAUUAACUCGUAGCUUGCAGCAAAGUGACAUUACUCUAGGGAUUGAUAUGGACUCCGCUGGAGCAGGUAUGCGCAUUCAAACUCUGUUCUUGAGAGGAAUGCAUGAGGAGAGUCUGAGAAGAAGCAGUGCGACGGGUGCUGGUUACGGAGCAAGUUUAGCUGCUAAUCCUGCACAAAGUAUUUUCGGUGUACCGCAACUGAGUCAAAUGGAUGGUGAAUCAGUAAGUGUAGUUUACCUUGGAUCUUAUGGUAUAAUUACCAAAAAGAAUAAAACACCACCUGGAAAAUGCACUUUCUUUUUGACGAAAUUCAAGGGGGUGUGUGCGAAACAAUCAGGCUCUACACUUUUGAAUAUGGUUUUAUACUGUGUCGAUAAUAGCUUCCCAGCAAAAGCUUCUUACGAAUCUAUUAUGCCGGAAAAUGCCUCGCAUAGUCGACUUGUGUUGCGAUCAAAUCUGCCGGGAACAAAUGAGGAAGGCUCUGAAGAUGAGGAACCGAGUCAGCAAAAUGAUGAUGAUGAUGAAUCUCCACCUCAGUUUAUGAAUGUGUAA